AUGGGUGGGACUGUUAGUUCAUUUAAAAAUAUGGUAGAAGAUGAGUGGGGUUUGAUUUGUUUAAAAGAGAAGCUAAUUGAAAUAGGGUAUACAAUGGAUGACCAUUUGAGGUUCUUCUCUUUACAUGAAAAUGGGUUGCAAGAAUUGGUUCAAGAUUGUGAAGUUUGGGAUUUAGUAAACCAAUCUUGUAGUCCCAAGGUGAUAGAAAUCUGGAUUAUAAAAGGAGUGGUUGGUGAUGAUAGUAAUGGAGAGGAAUGUGUUGGCAGUGAUAGUAGUGGGGAGGAAUCUGAUAGUAGUGAAGAUGAAUUCAUUUCAGAUGACUUAGGUAAUGAUGAUGAAGAGUUUGAUAAAAACAUAGAUGUAAAUGCAGAGUAUGGAGGAUUAGGUGAUGUAGAGGCCCAACACCAAAAACAAGCAAGUUGUAGUAUAGUUGCAUGUGAUGAAAUAAACUACUCUGAUGAAGGAAGCAUUGUAGACAGUGAUGGUGAGGAAAAACGAAUGAAAUUGCCUAAGUUUUUGAAGGAGAUAGAAGGAAAGUGUCCUAAAUUUUCCUUGGGUUUGACCUUUAAAGAUAAGGCAGAGUUUAGGGAAGCUGUUACCGACUAUGCAAUCAAAGAAGGGAAGGAGAUGAAAUAUGAAAAAAAUGACAAAGUGAGAUGUGUGGUUAAAUGCAAGCAUGAGAGCUGUCCAUGGCAGGUGACUCUUAGGUAUGCCAAAGAUGACAAGUCUUGGAGGAUUACAGUUUUUAAGGAUAAACAUGAUGGUUGUGUUAGGACAAAAAAGAAUUCAAUGGUGAAUUCCACCAUUGUUUCCAAAAGAUGGAAACAAGAAAUCAAAGGGCAUUUGGAUUGGAAAACAAAUCAGUUCUUAGCAAAGGUGUGCACUGAUGAUCAUUACACAAUAAGUAAGAAGCAAGCAUGGAGGGCACUAACAAAGGCUAAAGGUGAAAUCAAUUGUGAAGCUGAGGACUAUUUCAAUAGGAUUUGGAGCUACAUCAAGGAGAUCGAAAGAACAAAUCCUACUACUACAUGGAAUGUGGAUUUCAGUGACCUACUAGAGGAUGGAAAAGAAAGGUUUAGGAGAAUGUAUAUUUGCUGGGUGGCUACUAGGCAAGGCUUUAAGCAUUGUAGAAAAAUCAUAGGUCUAGAUGGUUGUCACCUAAAGUGUAAAACAGGAGGACAGUUGUCGACAGCAGUUGGGAUUGAUGGUAAUGAAAGUAUAUUCCCAGUUUCUUAUGCAAUUGUAGAAGGUGAGAACAAGAAAUCUUGGACAUGGUUUUUAAGAUUGCUAAAGAAGGAUUUGCAUAUUGAUGCCAUCUAA